AGCAGAUGAUGACCCGGCCUCUGUCUGCAGUGGGCUACAGGAGGCCUCUCAGUCACCACGCUCGCAAGUCCAUGAUGAUGAGGCCGGACAUGAGAUACAAAGCUGAGAACAUCAUGGUGCUGGACAUGGACCUGCCUGCCCGCACCACUAAGGAGUACCAGGAGCCCGUUAUCGCCCCCAAGGUGGCGGCGGCUCUGGAGAGCGCUCUGCGGGACGAGGAUGAGAUCCAGGUGGAUGCCUCGGGCUUCCACAGCAGCUUGGGAUCAACCCCCCCCACCAGCGGCAGCCUCAAGAAGCCAAAGUCUGG